UUCCUUCUGAUACACAAACAUUUAGACAUCACAAGCAGUUUAUUCCUUAUAUCUGUAUAUAUAAAGUUCAGCGACUGACGGCGAAAAGCAUCAUUGAAGAGGAAAAAGAAAAGAAACGUGGAAUUAGAGCUUAAUGUCAGGCUAAAAAAUCGAGCCCUCUUGCCAAUACUUGAAAUGGAUGUUGAUAUUUUGAAGGAGACGACUCUUUAGAAACUGCUUGGAAGAUCAUAAUCAACACGUCGGCUUAAUAUCGUGAGCCGAUCGUGAGAGGAAGUCGAACUUGGGGAUUUAACUUAAUUUUUUGCUGUUGUGGCUUAAUUCAUACCACAAACGUGAGCUACAGCUGAACUGUGAUUUUACUAUAUAAUUACUCAGUUUACUCAGAGACAUGACAGAAUUGAAAUAAAGUUGUUUAUACUUACGUGGACUGUGCUUUAUCCAAUGGCAUAACACAUGCAGGAUUUAGGAGAAAUAGGCGUUAUAGAGCUGUAUCUGGUGCACUUUGACUGAACACAUUGAAUCAUCGUUUCACAUAAUGCGAAUGAAAAAAGUAUCCCGGCUUUUGGUCAUCAUUAUUGCCUUCCUGACCAUUGUGAAGGUAAAUGCCGAUGAAGAGGAAGAUGAUGACGAUGACGAGAGCCGACACCAUGUGGGGCACAGGAUAACACGACCACCGUCUUCAUCAUCAGGAAGAGAGGAUGGAGCAGGAUCAGGAGCUACCAAUGCUGGUCAUCAUGGUCACAGUGGAAGAAGACCCGGUAGAGGACAUAAAAAGGAGGAGGACGACGACGACGAAGAGGAAAGCGAAGAAGAUGAUGAGGAGUUUGAUGGUGGCGAUCGCGAAGGUCAUUCAGGAGAAGAAGGUGGUGUCGGAACAGGAGGUGGUACAGGGGGACAAGGUGGGGGUCCAGACGGAGGAGGAGGGGGAAAUGGGGGCACCGGAGGAGGCAAUGCUGGUGGUGAUGCAGGUGGAGGAACAGGAGGUAGCGGUGGAAAUGGUGGAGGUGGUGUAGGUCCAGAUGGAGGAUCAGGUGGUAGUGGAAAUGGUGGAGGUAAUGGUGGGUCAGGAGCUGGAGGAGGUAGUGGAGCUGGAAGUGGAGAAGCCGGUGGAAACGGUGGAGGGACAGGUGGAGAUCACGGUGGAGCAGGAGGAACAGGAGAAGGCACAACUGACAGUGGUAUCGGUGGUGGUGGUGGAGGUGGAGGAGGAGGCGGCGGCGGUGUUGGCGGCGGUGGUGGUGCCGAUAGUGGAGUAAAUGGAGGAGGGGGUGGAACCGGUGGCACAGGUGGAUCUGGAGGAGGAGAUGCUGGUGGAAGUAGUGGAAAUGGUGGAGGUGCUGGGGGAGCAUCUGGUGGUGGUGGCGGUGGUGGCGGCGGUGGCGGUGGCGGUACUGGUGCAACAGGAGGACCCGGAGGUGGACAAGGUGGAUCUGGUGGUUCAGUCCCCGAAACAUCAGAUCCCGGAACGACUGCUGGUCAUGCAUCUGGUGGCUCCAGAGUGACCUCACCACCGAUUUCGCACAUCCCUAGAUCUACAUCGGUCCCGACGAUCACACCUUCACCCACGGAACCAUUCUGUCCGUCAUCGUGCCCUGUCGUUCUCGAUUUCGUCUGCGGGUCCGAUGGCCAAACUUACGCCAAUGAGUGUGUUCUAAGCGUAGUUCGGUGCACCACGGGCGAUACCACGUUAGCAAUAAUGUACAAAGGCCAGUGUCAGGUUCAGCCUCUGACAUUUUCGAAUCCCUUUCGUUCUUGGGGAAGCAGAGGUGCAUAUUUACCAUCAAAAGAAAGACCCUUGCCAUUGUCUGCACCAUCGGCGUUAUCAAAAAUGAAACCCAUUAUGAAUAUUAAAGAAGCAUUGAAAUACUGGAGAGAAACAAGCAGGACAACAAGAUCGAGUUUUUAUGAAAAUUCAGCUCGCUGAUAGUGAAAUAAAAAUGACUUAUUACUACUCUUUGGCAUAACUGUGUAAUCUGGUAACGCCAAUGAGUAGAUUGAACCAAGUACUAUUUCGUCUUAAGUUUUUAAAUAAGGGUUAUGACAUGAACGUAUAUUAAAGUUUAUUUUUCUAAUUCACUGAUGUUAUUAAUUGUAUCUACUCGAAGCCUUCCUUUCAUUGAUACUGGACCAUAGGCCCUUUAUUCAGUGGCGGACCCAUGGGGGGAGUAGAUGGUGUGAUGUAAAGACAACUUCUGAAGGUUUCCAUGGCGAAGAAGAAUAGUGUAGUUGGUUUCACGGUAGGCCUACAUCAGCAUAUUUCGUGGGCCAACAACUUCCCACGAAGAUGGUGUACCGUGAAACACUCUUCUUUUGAUUUGCUUGUCAGAAUUCUUUUGAACAAAUGGUUUAAUUUUUAGGCCUUCUCCCCUAAGAAAUUCUGGAUCCACCACUUCCUUUAUUUAGGCCCAUGAGCGGAAAUCCCAGGGGGGACAGGGGACGCGUCCCCCUUCCCAAAAUGGUAGGGGGCACAAUAUCAAAUGUCCCCUACUGUUAUUGGUAUUUUAUGAUGGAAAAAAAUACAUCAUUGAAAAUCGAAAUAAAACAUGCAUUCUCUCCCUUUGGGGAGAGAUUUCCGCCCUUGUUUAGGCCCAUAUAUACUUUAUUGUUCUAACACUGUAGGUAUUUCGAAAUUUAUGUCAACGAUGAUUACUAUAUGAACUUCAAAUUUGCAAAUAACUUAUUGUUACUAAAUUUUGCCACAUACUACAAUCAUUCAUUUCCCACCUUUCUUUAUUUCAUAUUUUUAUUUGUUACAUUUGAAUAUUGUUUCUGUAAAGUCAAUCCGUAGUUAGGUUAACUGCAUCCUUUAAAUCGGGAGUGGAUCUCAGAGAAAAGAAGGCACAAUAAUAUAAAUUUCUGGCAAGCAAUACGGGCUAUCACUAAAGAAGACAUAUUUACUUCCUGAAUGAUUAAAGAUUGUGAUAAGCAAUAGUGUUUCUCUUUGCUGAAUAAGCUUUUACUAAAUGGAGAGCUUCUUUAUUUCAUUCUCAUUUUUCAUUGUGUUGUUAACCAGAACUAUAAGUUCAUUACAAGAUCAUUCUCUAUGAACAGAAACUGACUCAGGUACAAGUAACAAAAUCACGAUUAAUAUAGAUGAGAUGAUAAUACCAGAUAUAAUUAACAAACGAAUACUUUCCCUUUUUUUUGGGGGGGGGGGGCUUUUGUUCCAAAAUUUAUUUCAUGUUUUAUCCGAAUUUUGUGAGGGAAAGUAAAGGACCUUCUCUUACUCUUUAUGAAUAUGAAAACAAAUAUAAUUUGUGUUUUUCGUCUGUAAAUUUGCAACAUCACAUGCGGAUCGUUUGUAAAUAAUCAUAAUUUAUGUACAUAUAUGAAGAUAAUGGAACUCUUUAUUGCUCUUUCAUUCGUCAAUUUGUAUUUAAUCAUUAGAUAUUUAUUUUUCAACGUCAUGUUAUCAGAUAAAGUACAGAAUUCGUUGAAAUUGUGUGUCACAUAUUACUGACGCAACAUCUCAGAUGUAUAAAAAAAUAUUUUAGACUAUGGAUCGAAUUAGGAAGUAAAACUAUUCAGCUUGUAAAUGGAAUUCAUUAAUUCAUUGCUGUAAAUUUGAAGUAAUGUAUAUACAUGUACAACAAGUACAUGGACUUGAAGCUCAGCAAAUUAAUUCAUACAUAAUGUAAAUUUAACAAGUAAAAAAACGAAGUUAGCGGUUUGAAAUUCGUCAACUGAUGUCAAUUUUUUUUCUGAAAUACAAUACAGACACUUUUAUGAUGUUACCAUGAAUUAUGAAUAACGAGCAUUUGAUCGUUUGUUUUAUUUUUAGGCAGAAUGUAACUUACGAUCUAUAGAAGAAACAUCAUACAAAACUAUAUUUUCUUGAGUUUCUUUAUGAACGUAGGGUGGAAUUGUUGAUAAUGGCUAAAAGCGACAUCGACAGUCAUGAUUGCAGAACAUUCUCUCGUUUCCAAUUUGAUUUCAAGUGUAAUAUUACUACGAUCUCACUAAAGCAACUACGAAAAAAAAUCAGUAUAAAAAAGGUUUCUUGACAUGAUAAUCAUAGGCAAAGUGCGACGAUGGUGAUAUUUUACUCUUAAUAUAAUAGCGAUUGAUCGCUAGAUAAUAUGGGCUAUCAAGAUAAUCGUCGCAUGCAUAUUUUGCUCUGUAGACUGACUAGGAACCAAUUAGAAUUGCUCUUUCAAAUUAGGGAUUAAUCUUUAACCUUUCUUGUGUUAAGGAGCCCAGGAGCAUGUUGCAGAAAGAGUUAAGUUUGAUCGCAAAGAUCCACCAAGCUCAAGGCCUGCUCCAUAGUGAAUCGAAACAGUAUCAGACGAAGCAGAAUGUCCCGAAAAUUAGAAAUAUGAAAAUAUCUUAGAAUUCUCAUUAAAAGCCAAGUGCGCCUCGACAACAAGAUGAUUUGAAUGAAUACAGAAAAAAUGAAUAUAGCAUACCUAUAGAACUUCCAUCAAAAUCGGAUGUGAAAUAAGAAAGGACGGAUUAUUAAGAAAAUCUUUUGAAUAUAUUGCUUCCGUCUUAUUUAAUUCGCUCCCGGCUUGUGAUAUACAAAAUGCACGUCCCCCCAUGCAUUAAAAAAACCCACUGUAAAUCAUUAACAUUCUGACUGUUAUACAUGUAAUUACACCGAAUAACUCGGUGGGUGUAAUGAUACUUGUUGAUUCACUUUUUGUGUAUAAUGUAUUCUGUUUUACUUAAUUGUAUGUUACAUACAUUGAAUUGCUAUGAUGUUGAGUUAUUUGUUUAAAGUACAGGGCGCUUUUGGAAAGCAUUUCUGCAUAACUGAACAGGCCUACCCUGCAGUAUAAAAUAAAGAAAACAAAUAAAUAAAUGAAUAAAGUUGAUAUUUCAAAGCUUUCCCGUUAUUGCAAAGUUAUACAUAAAAUGAACAGUGUGCAUAUGAGAGCUAUAGAGUCGAUGACAUUACAACACUCGCUAUUAUACUUUGAAAUAUUUAUUCUGUGAAAUUCAUAAAUAAAGAGUCUCUUCAUUUGACCAUAGCUAUAUAUAAUUGGAAUUCCAUAUUCAUGGAGCAAUGGAACUAUGUUGUACAUGUAGAAGGGAAGUUAAGAAGAAGAAACGGAAAUUACAUUUUUUAUGUUUUAUGUAAUGAAUUGAUAAAGAAAUAGUAUAUGCAUUA